AUUUGAUACAACAGACGCUAGCUGUUAGCAUUAGCUGUUUACAAACUUUCACCUGAGAGACGGAAACACAAAGCAAGCCUUAAACUAAAUUAAAGAUGAAUGUUAUAGAUAAUAUCCGGGAAAUGGCCGCCGCUGGCCUUCACUCUAACGUCCGGAUAUUGAGCAGUUUGCUGUUGACGAUGAGUAAUAACAACCCAGAGCUGCUCUCACCGGCCCAGAAGUACCAGUUGUUGGUUUACCACGCUGACAGCAUCUUCCAUGAUAAGGAGUAUCGUAAUGCUGCCUGCAAAUACAGUAUGGCUUUACAGCAGAAGAAGGUGAUCAGCAAAACAUCUAAAGUUCGUACUUCUACUGGUGGAGCUGCUUCUAAUUUACAGGCACAGAGUUUGCCCUCAGAGAUUGAAGUAAAGUAUAAGAUCGCCGAGUGCUACACAAUAUUGAAACUGGAUAAAGAUGCUAUUGCAGUUCUCGAUGGGAUCCCAUCCAGACAGAGGACCCCAAAGAUCAACAUGAUGCUAGCUAACCUGUACAGGAAAGCAGGUCAGGAGCGUUCUGCGGUGACGAGCUACAAAGAGGUGCUCAGACAGUGCCCCCUCGCGCUGGACGCCAUCAUCGGGCUCCUCUCUCUCUCGGUGAAAGGAGCCGAGGUGGCCUCCAUGACGAUGGAUGUGAUUCAGAGCAUCCCCAACCUGGAGUGGCUGUCCGUUUGGAUCAAAGCGUACGCAUUCAUCCACGCUGGAGACAACCAGAGAGCCAUCAACACCAUAUGCUCUCUGGAGAAGAAGUCUCUGCUGCGGGACAACGUGGACCUGCUGGUGAGUCUGGCCGACGUUUACUUCAGAGCCGGAGACACCAAGAACGCCAUCCUCAAGUUUGAACAGGCUCAGAUGCUCGACCCGUACCUCAUCAAAGGAAUGGAUGUGUACGGCUACCUGAUGGCCAGAGAGGGACACCUGGAGGAUGUUGAAGUCCUGGGAGGAAGAUUGUUUAAUAUCUCAGACCAGCACGCAGAACCCUGGGUCAUCUCUGGUUGUCACAGCUUCUACAGUAAGCGUUACUCCAGAGCUCUGUACCUGGGGGCGAAGGCCAUCCAGCUGAACAGUAACAGCGUGCAGGCGCUGCUGCUCAAAGGAGCCGCGCUCAGGAACAUGGGGAGAGUUCAGGAGGCCAUCAUCCACUUCAGAGAGGCCAUGCGCCUGGCCCCCUGCAGGCUGGACUGCUACGAGGGUCUGAUCGACUGUUACCUGGCGUCCAAUGGGAUUCGAGAGGCGAUGGGCAUGGCGAACAACAUCUAUAAGACUCUGGGCGCUAACGCUCAGACGCUCACCAUCCUGGCCACCGUGUGCCUGGAGGACCCCGUGACGCAGGAGAAAGCUAAAACUCUGCUGGACAAAGCCCUCGCUCAGAGGCCAGACUACACCAAGGCUGUGGUGAAGAAGGCGGAGCUGCUCAGUCGGGAGCAGAAAUACGACGAAGGCAUCGCUCUCCUCAGGAACGCUCUGGCCAAUCAGAGCGACUGCGUGCUGCACAGGAUGCUGGGAGAUUUCCUGGUGGCCGUCAACGAUUACCAGGAAGCCAUGGAUCAAUACAGCAUAGCACUCAGCCUGGACCCUAACGACCAGAAGUCCCUGGAGGGCAUGCAGAAGAUGGAGAAGGAGGAGAGCCCCACGGACGCCACGGUGGAGCUGGACGGAGACGACAUGGAGGGCAGCGGAGAGGACGGAGACCUGGAGGGCAGCGACAGCGAGGCGGCGCAGUGGGCCGACCAGGAGCAGUGGUUCGGGAUGCAGUGACCCCCCCCCAAACUGAGGGAGACACAGCCCCCUCCCAUCCUCCAAUAGGGAGACAGGACUACAGGCCUCAUUCGUUUCCCAAAAUCCAGAUAAACACAUCGGUGAGGAGCGGAAAGUCUUUGCAGUACACGCUCAACCCCAGGGGAAGUCAUGCAAUGGUCAGUAAUUGUGAAAAGUAAGAUAAAUAUUUGACUUUAUUUCUGGAACUCUGCCUACAUUAGAGCUGCAGCUACAUUACUUUCAUUAUCGGUUCACUGUUUGGUCCAGAAAAUGUCUAUUUUAGUUUCUAGAAGUCUUAAUUUGUCGGUUUCAAAAAGCAAUUUAUUCACAACUUGAUAUGUAACGGAGGAAAGCAGUAAAACGUCCACAUUUGACGGACUGAAAAACAGCAUUUUUUUUAGACUAAAUGUUGAUUUAUUUGAUGGUUUUUUUUAACCAACAAAUGACUUUUCUGUGCAAGUCAUCGGGAACCCAGUGUGGUUUUAAUAUAAGUGAUCAUGCUCAUAAGGCUCCGCAAUACCUCCAGUCAGUUAGCGUCUUAUUUUGUCCGUUGAAAACCAAACGAUAGUCACUUUAAUCCGAUACAAACCAAUUAAAGCAGCAGGAAAUCUACACAUUUGAGAGGCUGAAAAAAGCAGCAUUUAGGACAUUUUCCCACUUUAAUUUGAUUUAAAUAUUAAAGAGGUCCUAUGCUGUGUAUGUCAAUGGUCUGCAGAGGCUCAAAUCCUUGUGUUCCCUUCCAGAGGCAGCUUCUCUCUAUUUUUCUCUCUUUAGGUCAAUCCACUACUGACUACAUGUUGAAGAACCAGCAUGUUGUAAUGAUUAAUUCAACUUCUUUUUACCACCUCAUGACUUGUAAGAUAUGUGUGGAAUAUAAUAAUCAUGCCACACACGAUUAGCGCUAUGUUUUGAGAGCGUGAACCCCAAACAUAUUGACUUUAUUUUGAUAAAAAAACUGGAUUUCUUUCACGUAUUAAAAGCAGAAAACGACAAUUUCUGUUUUUUUUUUCCCCCGUAAAAAUGUGUGCGUUAUCAAAAACAUUUGCCAGUUAUUUUUCUGUGUCCUGCAGCUCUAAUUGGAAUAAUGUGCCAGGUAGUGCAUCUUAAAGUUAAAUUCACUCAAAGCUAAGUGUCUGUUUGUUCAAAUAUACUUAAAAAGAGCUUCUUUGGAUGUUUCUCUGGGGUCGAGUUGUUCGGCGACGGUGUGAUGGGAGAUGUCUUUGAGGCCAAGUAUGCGUUUCCGUCACGAGUCACAGGAGGAAAAUGAGAAUAUUUUGAAAUGAGUGUUUUAUUUGUGACAUUGAAACAGCGUCAGUGAAAAAGAGACUGUACCUCCGCUGCUCUUUAGCAAAUAUCCUAAUUUGUGUUAAAAUGUACAUGUUUAUUAUUAUUCUGUGUCUUUCUGAGUCGGCCUUUGUGUGUCAAAAUAACCCUACAAUUGACUCAAGUGUUACUUAAAAUGUUUAUAGUAUUUUGUACAUAUUUUUAAAGUGUAUAAUAAAAUAAUUAAACACUCUCACUUGACACGAACAGAGUGAUCCAGUUUCUCAUGCGGAAAGCAAUAUAUGAACAAAAAUAAAGUCCUUAUUUCGGUUUUAA